GGGGUAAUAGAGGCAUUUGUGUAAUAAAAGCGCAUAUCCAAACAUAGAAUCCAUAUUUACAACUUACAAGGUGUAAGCUUGUAAGUCUGUAAGAUGGUUGGAUAGAAAUAAUCUGUGGUAAGUAGGUAGAAAAGAUCUGUAAAUCUGUUCUUAAUAUGGCUAAUAUAUAAAUCAGCCCUUCCCUCCCAAUGGUAAGUAGGUAGAAAAGAUGGUUGGAUAGAAAUAAACCUGCUCGCUCACUCCCUAAUCCCUACCAAACUACCAAAACUACUCUGAAAUCUGAGCUCUGAAAAGAUCAGAAAACGGCUGGAUGGCAGUCCAACUUUCAGCCACUGACUCCGGCAUAAACCCUUAUGGGUUUCUCCGGAUAGUCCUCCACCCGGACGGCACGCUCACUCGACUCGACGCCUACGCCACCGUCGAUGAUGGAACAACUGAGCAGAAUUCUGCUGUCCUCACCAAAGACAUCACCCUCGACCCAACCAAGAAAACUUGGCUACGGAUAUUCCGACCCCGCCAACUUCCUCCUUCCUUCUCCUCCUCCUCCGAGAAGCUCCCUCUCGUGGUCUACUUCCAUGGAGGAGGCUUCAUUGUCGGCGGAGCCAACUGGAAGAUGUUCCAUGACUUGUGUGUGAGCAUGGCCGUCGAAUUCCCUGCCUUGGUUGUAUCCGUCGGGUAUCGUCUUGCUCCUGAGCACCGCCUCCCCACCGCCUAUGAAGACUCUGUUGAGGCCUUGCACUGGAUCAAGAAUCAGGCCUCAUCGGACGGGAUGAAUUCCGAGGAGUGGUUGAGGGAUUUGGCUGAUUUCUCUCGGUGCUUUCUGGUGGGCACCAGUGCAGGAGGUAAUAUUGCUUUCCAUGUAGGGUUAAGAGCGCUGGAGGUGGCGCGUGAACUUGAACCCAUAAAAAUCACUGGCCUUAUCUUGCACGAUCCUUUCUUCGGUGCAUCAGAGAGAACCAAAUCGGAGCUGAAACUGGCGAAUGAUCCGAUCUUACCCUUGGCAGCCACUGAUUUGAUGUGGAACCUAUCCUUGCCCAAGGGGUUUGAUCGUGAUCAUGUUUACUGCAAUCCAAUGAAGUUGGAUCCCGUAGCCAAUCAGAUUGGAAUUCUGGGGAGGUGUUUGGUGACGGGUUGGAGUGGGGACUUGUUGAUCGACGCUCAGCUGGAAUUCAUAAGGUUGUUGGAAAGAGAGGGUGCCUCUGUGGUGCCUUUCUUACAGGAAGAAGGUUACCAUGCUCAGGAGAUCUUUGAACCCGAGAAGGCUCCGCCAUUGUUGAAGGCCAUUAAAGACUUCAUUUUUAAUGCUACUCUUUAAUGUGUGUGUAGUCUUAAUUAUUUUCAAGCUAUUUGCUUAAUUGUGUGCUUAGUUGGGUCUGGGUCUUGUCUUCUCCGAUUGGGAUCCUUUCAAUAAAUCUCAUGGUUUAUGGAAAGCAUAUACGACAAUUUGACAUAAUGAACAAUUGUGUUUUAAUUUAAA